UAAACAACCAUAUAAAGGAUGAACUCGUCUCCUUCACCCUCUCUACGUGCUCCAGCUCUCAAGAUCGCCGCUUCUCACUAAGAAGACCAAAACAUGGUGCACGUUUGCUACUACCGUAACUAUGGAAAGACCUUCAAGGGACCAAGACGUCCUUUCGAGAAGGAGCGUCUGGACUCGGAGCUGAAGCUAGUCGGCGAGUACGGUCUCCGCAACAAGCGUGAGCUCUGGAGAGUCCAGUACUCUCUGAGCCGCAUCCGUAACGCCGCCAGAGAUCUUCUGACUCUCGACGAGAAGAAUCCCAAGAGGAUCUUUGAGGGAGAGGCCCUGCUAAGGAAGAUGAACCGGUACGGGCUUCUCGACGAGAGCCAGAACAAGCUCGAUUACGUCUUGGCCUUGACGGUGGAGAACUUUCUUGAGCGUCGUCUUCAGACUAUUGUGUUUAAGUCUGGUAUGGCUAAGUCUAUCCAUCACUCCCGUGUCCUCAUCAGGCAGAGGCAUAUCAGGGUUGGAAAGCAAUUGGUGAACAUUCCUUCGUUCAUGGUGAGACUUGACUCGCAGAAACACAUCGACUUUGCAUUGACCAGUCCCUUCGGUGGUGGCCGUCCAGGAAGAGUGAAGAGAAGGAACGAGAAGUCUGCGUCCAAGAAAGCCUCUGGUGGCGACGCUGACGGUGAUGACGAAGAGUAAACUCCCAACUCUCGCCGCCUGCUUUUAGCUAUGAAGCACUCUGCUUUUUGAUAUCUUUAGUUUUGAAUUUCCUCUUUUCAGACGAUUGUUUUGUGGUUUCUUUGUGUGUCGAACCUUUCUCGAGUUAUAUUUUAUUUUGAGACAAAAAAUGAUCGUCCUUUUGCUAAA